AUUCAACAGAAUCCAACAGGGCAGAGCAGCGCCCCUCCCUCGCCCGAUCGGCGUGCCGCCAUGCGGUCUCGCUCGCGCUCACCCGUCAUAGACCGCAGGAAGAGGUCACGCAGUCGCAGUAGAAGUCGCAGCAGGGACCGCCGCGACGACACCAGAGAUGCCAAACGCAGCGCGACGGGCGGCAGGGGCGAGUACAGGGCGGAGAGGGGCGGCAGGGACCGCCCGGAUCGGGACAGGCGGGAUGACUUCCGGCGAGACAGUCACAGCGACCGGCGAGAGCCACGCGACAGGGAGCGGGACGCACGCAGGCCCGACGAACGCGAGCGAGACCGCUAUGGCCGCGAUAGGGAUGGGCUCGACGGCCGCGUCAGGGAUGGUCUCGACAGGAGGGAGGAACCUGGCAGGCGGGAGCAGGUGGAGGGUGCUGGUGGGACGCGCGAGCGCAGUGAGCAUGUGGGCGCUGGCGUGGCCGAAGAGGAGGGGGCAGCUGAGCCACCUGCGUUACCUUCCAUCGGGGACGCCGCCAAAAAGAAAGAGCCGCUGUCGCUUGAGGAGCUGCUGCAGCGGCGGCAGGCAGAGCAGGAGGCGCAGGCCAAGCCGGUGUUCCUGACCAAGGAACAGCGCGCCAAGCUGGCGCUGCAGAAGCGUGCAGAAGAGGCGGCAGCGGCACGGGAACGGCUGGCGGAGAUGCGGCAGGGACUGGUGGCAUCGGGUCUGGGCCCCACCAAUGCCAAUGGAGGCGCCGCGGGGCCAACUGGACGGGACAGCAGAGAAGCCAGGGACAGAGGGUAUGAGCGGCGGGAUGACCGGCGUGGGGAGCACGACAGGCGGGAUGAACGUCGAGAUGGCCGGCGCGAUCGGCGGGACGAUGGUGAUCGCGAGCGCACCAAAGAGGAGCGGGAACGUCAGCGCGAGCUGGAGCUCAUUAAGCAGCAAUACCUGGGCGGAGAGCGGGCAAAGAAGAAAGUUCUAAAGGCCACGGAGCGCAUGAAGUUUGUGUUUGACUGGGAUGCUGACGAGGACACCAGCCGAGACCUCAACCCGCUUUACCAGAACCUGCAUGAGGCAAACCUGCUGUUUGGGCGGGGCUUUCGGGCGGGCAUCGACCGUCGCGAGCAGAAGAAGACGGCAGCGGAGAGCGAAGCGGAGAUACUGCGGCGCCAGCGCCAGCAGGCUGGUGUGCGCGAGACGGCAGAGGAUCGCGAGCGCGACCGCGUGCGCCGUGACUAUGCAGACAAGUACGAGGGCGCUGACAUGCGAGUCGACAGCCACUGGAGCGAGAAGAAGCGUGAGCACAUGACGGAGCGUGACUGGCGCAUUUUCAGGGAGGACUUCAGCAUCAGCUACAAGGGCGUCAACCCAGCGCUGCCCAUCCGCAACUGGGACGAGGGCAACCUCCCCAAAUCGCUUCGCAAAGCGGUCGAGCGUGCGGGUUAUAAGAAGCCUUCACCCAUCCAGAUGGCUGCCAUCCCACUGGGGCUGCAGUUCAGGGAUGUCAUCGGCAUUGCGGAAACUGGUUCGGGCAAGACCGCCGCCUUUGUGCUGCCUAUGCUUGUGUACAUUGAAAAGCAGCCGCCCAUGCUGGGCAACCCUGACAUCGAGGCGGAGGGGCCGUACUCGGUGGUGCUUGCGCCCACUCGCGAGCUGGCACAGCAGAUCGAGGAGGAGGCACGCAACCUGGCGCACUACACUGAAUUCCGGGUGGUCAGCGUGGUGGGCGGGCAGUCCAUCGAGGAUCAGGGCGUUGCAUUGCGGAAGGGCUGCGAGAUUGUGGUUGCGACACCUGGCCGUCUGGUUGAUUGCAUCGAGCGCAGCUACGCAGUGUUGAACCAAUGCAAUUACGUGGUGCUGGAUGAGGCGGACCGCAUGAUCGACCUGGGAUUUGAGCCGCAGGCGAGUGCAGUGAUGGGCGUGCUGGAUGCCAUGCCCUCCUCCAACCUGAAGCCCGAGAAUGAGGAUGAGCCGCUGGAGUCCAAUCGUGUGUAUCGCACCACUUACAUGUUUUCAGCCACUAUGCCGCCUGCGGUGGAGCGGCUGGCCAGGAAGUACCUGCGACGCCCAGUGGUCAUCACCAUCGGCACCGCGGGCAAGGCUACGGACAACAUCACACAGCGCGUCAUCAUGGUGAAGGAGAAUGAGAAGGCACGGUCACUGGAGCAGGAGUUGAACGCGAUGGGCGAUGACCAGCGCAUCAUCGUCUUUGCAAACACAAAGAGCCAGUGCGAUGCCGUGGCCCGUCAGUUGGGCAACAUGGACUACCGUGUUACCAUGCUGCACGGCGGAAAGAGCCAGGACCAGCGUGAGGAGUCAAUCAAGGGCUUCAGGGAGGAUGUAUACAACGUGCUGGUUGCCACAGACGUGGCGGGGCGAGGCAUCGAUGUGCCCAAUGUGGCGCUGGUCAUCAACUACGACAUGGCCAACACCAUCGAGCAAUACACGCACAGGAUUGGCCGUACCGGCCGCGCCGGGCGCAAGGGUACUGCGGUCACCUUCCUUACACUCAAAGAUUCGGAGCUGUUUUACGACCUCAAAAAGUUUCUCGAGGAGAACAAGGCGGCGGUGCCCAGCCAGCUGGCGCAGCAUGAGGCUGCGCGCCAGAAGCCAGGGACUGUGGGAGGCGGCCGCCCUGCUGUGCAGUUUGCCAAGAAGUGA